GAACACUAUUUGGUCAAACUUGACCCGACGGCGCGGACUCGAUCUAAGUAUAGGAAAGAUUUAAUUAUGCACAGCGCCACUCUAUGCCGUAGUCGGCCGCAAAUGUACAGGUACUAUUUUGUCUAAUAGAUGGCUGGGUUUACCUAAUUUCUCCUCUCCUCUCAAGACCUCGCGGAAUUUUUUUCUAUAGAGUGGAGUAGUUUCACACAUACAGAAGCAACAUGAACGGUUUAUAUCAUAAUAAUGGGUGGUUUGGCAAAGAGCCGUGGUGGAAAGAUGCUACUUUCUAUCAAGUAUAUCCGGCAAGCUUUAAGGACUCCAAUGGCGACGGUUGGGGAGAUAUUCCGGGACUUGUCUCCAAAAUCGAAUAUCUCAAUGAACUAGGCGUCGACGUGGUAUGGCUUUCGCCCGUUUUUGAGAGCCCCCAGGCCGACAUGGGUUACGACGUGUCAGACUACCAGAAAAUUUAUGCACCUUAUGGCACCAUUGACGACGUGGAUGAACUAAUAGAAGCAUGUCAUGCUCGAAACAUGAAGUUGAUUCUCGACUUGGUGGUAAACCAUACUUCUAUCGAGCAUGAAUGGUUCAAAGAGUCCCGUUCGUCGAAGACCAACCCGAAGCGCGAUUGGUACAUCUGGAAACCAGCGCGAUAUGAUCUAAAGGGGCAGCGGGUUCCGCCGACAAACUGGCGAAGUUACUUCGCUGGCUCUACUUGGACUUGGGACGAGCACACUGAGGAGUAUUAUCUCCAUCUAUACGCGCCUGAUCAGCCGGACUUAAACUGGGAAUCGGAAGCGUGCCGCGAAGCUAUCUACCAGGACACCAUGCGCUUCUGGCUUGAACGAGGCGUUGACGGGUUCAGGAUCGACACUGUUAAUAAAUAUAGCAAGCGCACCGAGUACGUGGAUGCGCCAGUUACAGAUCGAGACUCGCCAUAUCAGCCAGCGCCGGAGAUGUGGUGUAAUGGACCAAGAAUCCACGAGUUCAUCCACGAGAUGCGGGCCAAAGCGCUCGCGCCCUACGGGGCCGUCUCUGUCGGAGAGCUUUCUAACACGCCGGACCCAGGUCAAGUUUUGCCAUACGUGUCGGCAGCGGCACAGGAACUCGACAUGGUAUUUGAGUUCUCUAUGAUUCGAUUAGGUACUGGGGGUAUGUUUGGACCAAAGUACAUAUAUGUACCGUUCGCCCUACAGCAACUGAAAACAAUCGUAGCAAAAUGGCAGACAUUCAUCGAAGGCACAGACAGCUGGACGACUGUCUUCUGCGAGAACCAUGAUAACGGACGAGCCGUGAGCCGGUUCGGCGAUUGUUCAACGCCAGAGUUAUGGGAGGCGAGUGCGAAAACCAUAGCUCUCUGGCAAGCCACAUUGACAGGGACGCUGUUCCUAUACCAGGGCCAGGAGAUUGGUAUGACAAACAUGCCGACCACUUGGGGGAUAGAAGAGUACAAAGACGUUGAGAGUCUCAACUUCUAUGCCGAGGCAUUAGCAUCUGGGGACCAGAAGAGAAUAGCAGACACUAUGCGGGGUCUGCGUAUUCUUGCUCGUGAUCAUUCGCGUAUCCCUUUUCAAUGGGACGACUCUCCGAAUGCAGGGUUUUCAGACAAAAGUGUUAAAACAUGGAUGCGUGUUCACGACGCCUAUCCAGAGGUUAAUGUCAAGAAGCAAAUAUCGGACCCCAAUUCCAUCUUGAGUUUCUAUAAGAUGGUCUUAAAGCUGCGCAAGAAGUAUAAGGAUAUAUUCGUCUUAGGAGCUUUCCGGCUACUAAAAGACGACGAUGAGGCAAUAUUCGCAUACGUAAAGGAAAGCCCCUUCCGAAUUUCAGAUUCACAAGCGUCGACGAACGGCUAUUCCGUCCGUGGCCGCGAGAAUAAGAGAAUGGCGGUAGUGGUUAUGAACUUCUCCAGGGAUGAACGGGAUUGUCUAGACGUUAGGAGCAUACUAAGUUGUAGUGACGAGGAUACGGCGAGAUUACUAGUGAGUACGCAGUAUCAAGACAACAGGGGCUCGAUUAUUGGGAAGGAUACUAUACCGGCGGCUUUAAAACCGUGGGAAGGGCGCGUCUACGUCAAUUUCGACUUGGAUGAUGUCGUGUAAGCAUAUAGACGAAAGGGGAAUAGGGGGUCAAUUAAGUACAUAAUAUAGAAGAGCAAUGAGUACCGAGUACGGAGGGUUACCGAAAGCUAUAUAGAGAAAUUAGAUCCUUCAAUGUUGUAAGUUGUUAUUUCUUAUGUAGUAUCAAGGAGAAAUAAUAUGACGU